CGGCGCCGGCUCGGAGCGGGGCCCCGGGGCCUCACAAGGCAGCAGCACGAGCUUUGCGCUGCUUGCGUAGAGUGCAACGCAGGGCUGAAUCCUGCCGGCAUGAAUGCUGCACUGGCUGUCCCGAGGGACAGGACCUGAGCAGGGGACUUCAACUUAUGAACGGAUUUCUGCGGUUGAGACAAACAUUGAGAGGCUGGAACAUGGCCAGAGAAGGGCAACGGAGCUACGGAAGGGUCUAGAGCACAAGUCUGUUGGACAGUAGCUGAGGGAGCUGGAGAGACUCAGCCUGGAGAAAGAAGGCUCAGGAGAUCACUCUCUACAACUACCUGAAAGGAGAUUGUACCAAGGUCGAAACAACAACUGUCUCUGGCAGCUGAGUGAGAAUGGAUUCUGAAACAGAGUAAAAUGCAAGCAGAACUUAACUGGCAGCGGCUCUGUGAGAAUGCUGAAUGUAAUUGUUAUCAGAAGUCAGAGGAUCCAACUCACAGCCUAUCUUCAUCUACAGCGGAGGUUCAAGCUGAUCUACAGAAAACAGACUACAGGUUGCAUGAAGUGAAGUGUGUUCUUUCUGCUUUGACUGUUGAGAGAGAACAGACAAUACAAGCAUCGUUUAAUCACAGUAUUUCACCUGAAGGGGAGAAGCAGAUAUUUCAGUAUGACAAUAUAGGUCCUCUGUGUAAAUAUAUCCCUGCUUUGGAAAUAAAAAAGCUGCAAGAACAGAAUGCCAGCCUUCGGGCUGCUAUUGCACAAAUGAGGAAAGAAAUGGAGAGUCUUGAUGAGCAGAUGUUGUCUUCUCUUCCUCAAACAGACGACAGACAACUUGCAGAACAAGGUUCAUUGAGCACAAACAAAAAUUCAGCUGGAACCACACUGAGCAACAUCAAAGUCAGUUCAACUAAGUUGGAUUGUUUAGUAAACCCGGACACAGAAGAGGGUCCAAAACCCAAAGUUCUUGAAGAAAACAUGGUAGAUUUUGGACAACAGCUACCUGAUAUAGAUACUGGUAUUGGUUGUCAAUAUAGUGUCAAACACACUCUACGAGGAAUGCAAAAUAAACUCAAGGAAGCAACAAGAAAAAUUUCAAUUCUGAGACAAGAAAAGCGGCAGCUGAUUGAAAUGGGAAACAGACUCAGGGCAGAACUUGGAAUGGUGUUAAAGGAAGGAGUCUGGCAUCCUGUUAGCUUUAAACAAUGCACAGUUUGUAUUGCCUCUGGUAGUCUUCUUCCAAGAGAACUUGUCAAAAGAACACAGUGUCAGCUAUCAAUUCUAAAGCAUCUACAGCACAGACUCACAACACAGGAGCUGCAGUGCACAAGGCAACAGCAUCCUUCAAGGUUCUCGUCUCUUACUGCCUGCCCUAGCUUAAAGGAAGAAGAAGCUCCAAGCAGCUGUAGAGAAGAAACAGAAUUAUCAUCCAGUGAGGUUUGGAUAGAUUUCUCUAUUGAAAAUCAUGGGCCACAUACAUUCUCAGCAACAAAGGCAGAUACAUCCAGAAAGACUGUUCAAACUCAGCUGCUCAGUCAGAGUCCUAGUCAUGUCCAGCAGGUUCAGCUUUCUUCAUCCAGAACGCAUAAUUUCUGUCAAAUUUUAGAUACGGGAUCAAGCCGUUCUCUACUCAGUCCUCGGAAGAACACCAGCCAGGGGGAUUUUGAAGUUGUACAUUCAAUCAAGCAAUCUGAAGAAUCUUGGCAAAAUGUCAAAGCCAAGGAUAAACUUGAAACAUCAGCUGAAGAUUUGACAGUUAGAGGAAAAAGGCUGGAAGUUCAGCAGAAGUUAAAAUCCAGGAGUUUAUUUUGUGCUCAUCUGUUAAAACCAAAAAUCUCUUCUAGCAUGACAAAAAUCCGCAAUUACAAUAUUAAAGACUGAUUUCUAUGUUGUCAGCAUGUUGUAGGUUCACACUUGCUAUUAACUUACUUAAACAUCUGUAUAUCAGGUCUAAUUAUCAGCCUCAGUUUUGUAUGUCAGGUUGAGAUAUUUGCAGCCAGAAGAGAGAACAAAUACCCUGUUUCAUACAGUGAAGCCUAAAAUAAAGGGUUAUUCUGUGUGCAUUA